AUGGAAACGAAAGGCCAAGAAGGAAGAUCGAGCGGUGGUCAAGACGUGUCAGACGAAAGGUCAGGUCAAGAUGACGAGCAUCCAGACAAUGACAAUGUCGAUGGUGGUAGUGUAGAGGACGUUGCUGCGAGCAGUGGCGUCGCUGCGGAUGAAGCGCGAAGUGAUGGCGCAACUUCCAGUGUCACUACGAGUACUGGAAGCAUAGAAGAAGAAGAGGUGUCGAAAAGAGCUGACUUAAAAGACGAGGACACUGAUGAAGAGGCCCAGACUCAAGAAGCACGUAAUAGCACAAGUACUACCGGUACUAGUACCAGCACAAGUGGCUCCAACGCUAGUGAACAACAUCAAGAAGACGAUCUGUUGGCGCAAAAGUUUGCCGCCAUUCCCACACGACACGCUUUGGGCAAACGACAAAGCCACGUUCAGCAGCCACCCUCAUCACCCAUUGCCAUUGCUAAAACGACAAUUGCAAGUGCAAGGACAAGCAGGAGCAGCAUUGCUAGUGCUAGCCAUGACAGGGACCGAAAAUUUGCUUCCGUUCCAACCAAUCAGGAACUUCAUCAUGUACAUGGAGGAGGAGGAACACAUCCUCAACGAAGAUCCACUACUACAAGUACUUCUACUACAAGCCAAGACACCACUGUUGUCCGAAAAUUUGCGGCAAUUCCAACCCAAGAGGAACUAGAAGAACGACCACAUCGAUGGUCCCAUGGCAGUGGGGCUUCUGCAAAAGCUUCUGUUGCUGCCGCUGCCAGUCUGGCUGCCUCACUCGAUAAUAGUAAUAGCGCUAGCCAACCCGGGGCGUUUGCCAUGACGGGUGGUACCACCCAACACCAGCAGGUCGAUGCAGUGGCACGAAUGCCUCCUUCCGUGCUGGCUGUACACGAACAAAUGAUGUACGUCAAAACAGCUACAUCCACAGAAGAUCAGGCAGUUAACUAUGCCAUCCACAACAGUCAACGGAAUGGAAUUGACGAUCAUGUUCAGAGGAGUGGGCCACCACCAGAGCCACUUCAACAAGAGGAACCGACCAUUCCAAUACCACCAACGAACGUCGACUCGAAUCAUACUCUUCAUCAAAGCCCAAUUACCAGCAGCGCUCAAGACGAACAAAGACAAGAGGAAGCACGGGAAGAAGCUCCCAUGGUUGUGGCGGAACUGGUGGAGCCACCGGUGCACGCCGUUCAGGUGAUUUUUGAUGAAGGGACACCGCAAUUGCAAAUGAACCUGCAACAACAACAACAACAACAACCUCAAGAGGAACCUCCCAGGAACCCUACCGGUGCCACCAACAGCAAUGAUAGAAAGUGGCGCAAGGAAUGGUGGAUUGGUCUUGCCGUCUUGGUGUUGGUGAUUGUUCUUCUUGCAAUUUUCAUACCACGAGCCAUCAAGAACUAUGGAGCAGCAGAAGAAGAAUCCACCACCACCACAGUACCACCGGUACCAAUUACUUAUCCCUAUGAAUGCUUCCGCAGCACCAUGGAUCUAUUCCGAGCACAAAUUGAACAACCCAAUCAAACGCAAUUCAUUCUCUGCCCCGCUACUCGUAUCCGCAUUGGUCAAGUAGUGGCCAAUCCGAGUGCCAGCGACACACAAAUCAUCAUCAUCGACGGGGAUGUACCCUUGAUGUUUUUGCGGAGCAAUGUGGAAGUGGUGUGUGGGUUGGAUGGAGCGCUGGACAAUAAUUGCAUUUUGGAUGGUGGGUCUGUCCAAGUACUCUUCCACCACCCCGUGUUGCCAUCUGUUAACCAAAAAGACGAACUCUUUGAGGCAGAUGUUCGCACGGACAACAUUACCAUUCGAGGCAUUACAUUUACGGGCGAAUUGAUCAGCAACCAAUUCACAGCUGGUUCUUCGGUAAUGGCUAGCAACAAAGGAAAGAACAUUCGGUUUGUAGAUUGUCUGUGGCAAGACAUGACGGCUAGUACAGGUCUCGUGUUUGUAGGCAACAAUUUGUUCCAGGAAAUGGCAGGAUUGGAACUGCUUACGCCUCGUUCGGUCGAAUUGACAUUGGAAGAUUGCACGUUUCGGAAUAUCAUCUACGACCACAGGUUGAUUGCCACUGAAGGCCAAAGUCUAACUCUGCGGCAGUGCCAAUUCGAAGAUAUCACUCUCACCGACCAAAUUUCGUUCUGCGAGGAUCAUGGAGCGGGCUAUUACUGCCAUGGACUGAUCUACUGUGAACGGGCCAGUCAUUGUGAAGUGCAAGACAUUUACGUUCGUAACCUCGAGUUCAUUGGUUUGGCGGCUGUUCUCGUGGCCAGUGCGGAUUCCAAGUUGAAGCUAUCCGGAACGUACAGUUUGGAGGAGAUUCAGGAGCGUGAAACAGUGGACAAGGAAACAAAGGCAUGCGAAUCAGGAUUCGGUCGAUUUUGGCAUCAGCCAGACAGCAGUGGACUUCUUCCUCAAGCUAUAGGCUGUAUCAACCAAGAAGUAUUGGAUGUCAUGUUUUCGUCAAGCCCAACUACUGCUACCCUCGGCUAUGACUGCUACUCCAGUACAAACAAUCUUGUGCUGGAUCAGUAUCAUAAUCCAGAGCAACGUCUUUUCAUCAUGUGCCCCAACACGACAAUCAAAAUCGGCAUGAUGGCAAACCCCAUCUUGGGAGAUUUUCGUAUCUUGGGUGGGGAUUUCCCACUAUCCAUUUUCCGACACAACGUGGAAGUGCGCUGCGGACUGGAUGGUUUGGUGGAGGAUCGUUGUGUCCUUGACGGAGGGAUGAUUCAAGUUUUCACAGCCACGGUGUUCUCUUACUUGCCAAUCUUUGGACUCGAGGAGAAAUUUGGGACGGAUAACCUGACAAUAAGGGGCAUGACAUUCACGGGUCAAAUCACAGGUGAUGCCACAUUUGGUGGUGCAUCUGUGUCCUUUAGCGGCCCUGGGCGGAAUCAGCAAAUGGUGGAUUGCCUGUGGGAGAAUAUUACUUGUCCACAGGGUUUGUUGUAUAUCGGAAGCAACACUGCUCAAAUCCUCACCAACGACGUUCUUGAGCCAGAUGUUGUGGAUUUGACCAUUACCAACAGCACAUUCCGUAAUGUACAAUACGAUGGACCCAUUGCCAGCUCAUGGACGCAGAACUUGACAGUGAUCAGAACACGAUUUGAGAACAUUCGUCUGUUGGAUUUCUGGGGAAAUUGCCCCUGGAAUGCGGUGGGCUGCCAGGGCCUGAUGGUCUGCCAUGACAAGGCUACCUGUCACUUGGGGGAUGUUUGUGUGAAUGGCUUGGAGUAUGCAGGAUCGGCACCCAUCAUCAUGGCCACUCGAGAUUCCGACAUUCAACUCUCUGGUUUCCACUACGUAGAUGACACCAGGAAAAGGGGGCCACCAGAUCCCUGUACAGUCUCGAAAAUGGUUUGGGUUGACUACGAAGGUGGAGAGAACACUUGCUUUGACGAGGGCGACACGAGUUUGAACCUUGUGGAUACAUGUUUGCUCGACUGA